UCCAGCCCAGAGAUAAACUCACUACCUGGACAUGGAGAGAGGAGGAGCUCACCUGAGCAGCUGAUCAGGUUUCAUGAGGAGAGGGAGUGAACACUGAGGAGUGAUUCUUGUCACUGGUUCAUUUCUCAGACUGACUCCAUUAGAGGAGGAUGAGAAGGACCACAUGUCAUUCUAGACCAGGGCUGUUAAACUCAUUUUAGUUGGGGGGCCACAUACAGCCCAGUCUGAUCCAUAUCCAUAUUUAUUCCAUUUGUUUUAGUGUAAAGAAGAACUUCUUUCAUACCAAACUCUAUCCAGCUGUACAAUAGCUCACCUUUCUCUGAGAGUUAACUCCAUGUUAAUGGACACUAUUACACCUGACUAUUAUUUCUAUGUAGAUACUGUAGAUUCUUCCAUCUUUGUUUCCUGAUAAUUCUGUACUUUUUUAAAAAAUGUAUUGUUCCAUUUAUUUUACUUUUAUCUUUCGUAUGUUUAUCUUUUGAACCUGAACUCAUCCACAUCCAUUUUAUUGAGACAACGUGAUUUUAAUGUGAAGAGAAAGAGACACACACCAGCACACACACAUCACGUGAUUUCCAGUAAACGUAGAGAGGAGGAGCAGAGGAGGAGCUGAGGAGGAGCUCACCUGGGCAGGUGGAGGAGGAGCAAUGAUAGUGAAAGUGUUUUGUUCAGACUCCAUUUUGAUUCAGAGUUGAAGGAGGAAACUGAAGAGAGACUGACUGAAGAUGAGACAGGAGAUGGAGGAAGAGGAGGACAGAGUCAGCUGUCUGUCUAUGAAGAGUGACUGGUCCAAAGAUCAUCCUCCAGAAUUCAGUGGAGAACCUCGACCCUCAGACACAAAAGAGAGGAAGAGGAGUCAUGUUUCUGUAGAGGAGCAGCCGUCCUGCUGUGCUUUGUGUCAGGACGUCCUGAAGGAUCCAGUCUCUACCAGCUGUGGACACUGGUUCUGCAGACAGUGCAUCACCUCGUACUGGGACCAGUCUGCUUCAUCAGGACACUCCUGUCCCCAGUGUGGAAAAAGAUCCAGAUCAAAUGAUGUUGGUCUGCAGGAGGUUUUAGAUGAACAUAAGAUCAGUCUGAGGAGGAGAUGUGAACGUGUGACUGAAGGAACUGAUGUAAGAGGAAGAGGAACCCUCCUCAACAGGAUCUACACUGAGCUCUACAUCACAGAGGGACAGAGUGAAGAGGUUAAUACCCAACAUGAGGUGAAGCAGCUUGAGACAGCUUCCAAGAUGAAGGCCCUCCAUGACACUCCAAUCAGGUGCCACAACAUCUUUUCAGCCUUAGCCUACAAUCAGAGACGCAUCAGACUGGUUCUGACCUACGGUGUCGCUGGUGUUGGAAAAACCUUCUCAGUGCAGAAGUUCACUCUGGACUGGGCAGAGGGUUUGGAAAACCAAGAUGUCAGUGUGGUGAUUGUGCUUUCGUUCAGGGAGCUGAACUUGAUCAAAGAUGAGCAGUACAGUCUUCUCAGGCUGCUCCAUGUUUUCCAUCCAACAUUACAGAAGGUCACAGCAGAGCAGCUGGCUGUCUGGAAACUUUUGUUCAUCUUUGACGGCCUGGAUGAAAGCAGACUUUCACUUGACUUCAACAACAGUGAGGUUGUGUCUGAUGUGACACAGAAGGCAUCAGUCAACGUGCUGCUGACAAACCUCAUCAAGGGGAACCUGCUUCCCUCGGCUCUGGUCUGGAUCACUUCCAGACCUGCAGCAGCCAAUCAGAUCCCUCCUACAUGUGUUGACAGGGUAACAGAAGUACGAGGCUUCACUGACGCCCAGAAGGAGGAGUACUUCAGGAAGAGGUUCAGUGAUGAAGAGCUGUCCAGCAGAAUCAUCUCCCACAUCAAGACCUCCAGGAGCCUCCACAUCCUGUGUGCAGUCCCAGUCUUCUGCUGGAUCACUGCUACAGUUCUGGAGCACAUGUUGACUACAGAGCAGAGAGGAGAGCUGCCCAAGACCCUGACUGACAUGUACUCACACUUUGUGAUGGUUCAGACAAAGAGGAAGAAGAACAAGUACCAUGAGGGACAUGAGAUGAGUCCACAGGAGCUGAUGGAGGCUGACAGGGAAGUUCUUCUGAAGCUGGGGAGGCUGGCGUUUGAACAUCUGGCGGAAGGAAACAUCAUGUUCUACCAAGAAGACCUGGAGCGCUGUAGUCUGGAUGUGACAGAGGCCUCAGUGUACUCAGGAGUUUGUACAGAGAUCUUCAAAAGAGAGAGUGUGAUCUUCCAGAAAUCAGUCUACUGCUUUGUUCAUCUGAGCGUUCAGGAGUUUCUGGCUGCAGUCUACAUGUUCCACUGUUACACUAACAAGAAGACAGAGGUUCUGAAGAACUUUCUGGGGAGAGACUACCGGAUCUCCGCUAAGCCUCUGGAUAGCUUCCUGUGUGGAGCCAUGAAGAAAUCCCUGCUCAGUACAAAUGGUCAUCUGGACCUGUUUGUUCGCUUCCUUCAUGGCCUCUCUCUGGAGUCCAACCACAGACUCUUAGGAGUUCUGCUGGGUCAGACGGAUAACAGUCCAGAAAUCAUCCAGAGAGCUAUCAAUAAGCUGAAGAAUAUGAGGAAUGAUAACAUUUCUCCUGACAGAAGCAUCAACAUCUUCCACUGUCUGAUGGAGAUGAACGACCUCUCAGUUCAUCAGAAGAUCCAAGAGUUCCUGAAGUCGGAGAAGAGAUCAGAAAAGAAACUCUCUGUGAUCCAGUGCUCAGCUCUGGCCUACAUGCUGCAGAUGUCAGAGGAGGUUCUGGAUGAGUUGGACCUGAGUCAGUACAACACAUCAGAGGAAGGUCGACGGAGACUGAUCUCAGCUGUGAGGAACUGCAGAAAGGCUCAAUUAACUGGAUGUGGACUCUCAGAGACUCACUGUGAAGUUGUGGCCUCAGCUCUGAAGUCCAACCCUUCCUAUCUGACAGAGCUGGACAUGAGUGAUAAUAUCCUGGAGGAUUCAGCAGUGAAGCAUCUGUCUGCUGGACUGGAGAGUCCAAACUGUAGACUGGAGACUCUGAGAUUGAUUUGCUGCAGUUUGUCAGAGAUCAGCUGUGAUUCUCUGGUCUCAGCUCUGAAGUCCAACCCCUCCCAUCUGAAACAUCUGGAGCUGAGUAUCAACAACCUGAAGGAUUCAGGAGUGAAGCAGCUGUGUGGUUUUCUGGAGAGUCCAGACUGUAGACUGGAGACUCUGAGUUUGAAGAACUGCUGGUUGACAGAGAUCAGCUGUGAUUCUCUGGUCUCAGCUCUGAAGCCCAACCCCUCCCAUCUGAAACAUCUGGACCUGAGAGGAAACUUCCUGAAGGAUUCAGAUGUGAAGCAGCUUCUUGAUCUUGUGGAGAGUCCAGACUAUAAACUGGAGACUCUGAGAUUGGAGAGCUGCAGUUUGUCAGAGAUCAGCUGUUAUUAUCUGGCCUCAGCUCUGAAGUCCAACCCCUCCCACCUGAAACAUCUGCACCUGAGUGGAAACAACCUGAAGGAUUCAGCAGUGAAGCAGCUGUGUGGUUUUCUGGAGAGUCCAGACUGUAGACUGGAGACUCUGAGGUUGAACACCUGCAGUUUGUCAGAGAUCAGCUGUGAUUCUCUGGGACCAGCUCUGAUGUCCAACCCCUCCCAUCUGAAACAUCUGGACCUGAGUGAAAACAACAACCUGAAGGAUUCAGCAGCGAAGCAGCUGUGUGGUUUUCUGGAGAGUCCAGACUGUAGACUGGAGACUCUGGAAUUGAACAACUGCAGUUUGUCAGAGAUCAGCUGUUAUUCUCUGGUCUCAGCUCUGAAGUCCAACCCCUCCCAUCUGAAACAUCUGCACCUGAGUAUCAACAACCUGAAGGAUUCAGGAGUGAAGCAGCUGUGUGGUUUUCUGGAGAGUCCAGACUGUAGACUGGAGACUCUGAGUUUGAAGAACUGCUGGUUGACAGAGAUCAGCUGUGAUUCUCUGGUCUCAGCUCUGAAGCCCAACCCCUCCCAUCUGAAACAUCUGGACCUGAGAGGAAACUUCCUGAAGGAUUCAGAUGUGAAGCAGCUUCUUGAUCUUGUGGAGAGUCCAGACUAUAAACUGGAGACUCUGAGGUCAGUC